CAGUUCCUGACCUCAUCGUAUCUGCUUCCUCCCUAGAACAUAAACAGCGUGGGACGACGAUGAUGAUGAUUGUGUAUUGUCAAAAGCUUCUCCACAGAAGCUGCGGAUUGAUUCCCUAGCCUAUUUCUUUAAUAAUGAUCCGCCCUACCCUCCUUCCUCCAAGGCUCAUCAGAUCAUUACAGCAAUUUCAUUACUCUACCAAAUCGCCCACCAAAAUGGCACCCAAACCAGUGCGAACAUAUAAGCAAGCCCUCUCUCUUCUCAAUGAGCUACAAUCAAACCAGGCGGUGGUGUCCAUGGUGUCAUCCUCAUCCGCCAAUGCCAACAGCCUUGCCAUUCCAGAAAUGCUCGAUUGGCUCCGGAAACUGACAUACACCCCCGCGAGUUUCAAUGACCUACGAGUCAUCCACGUCGCGGGCACAAAAGGAAAAGGCAGUGUUUGCGCCAUGCUUGACUCGAUGCUGAAGCAGUAUCUCUUAACCCAGAAUGCUUCUGGUGUCACAGAAGGCCGAAAGCCGUUGGGGAGGGUAGGCGUUUUCACCAGCCCUCACCUCAUUACCCCACGUGAGCGCAUUCGGUUGGAUGGGCUACCAAUCUCGAAAGAGCUAUUUACACAGCGGUUCUUCGAGGUGUGGGAUAAGUAUACCGCCUUCGCGCUGGAGGAUAACCACCCGAAUCCAGAGGGAGCGGAGUCUAAGCCUGGCUACUUUCGCUUCCUUACGAUACUGGCUCUACAUACCUUCUUGAAGGAGAAUGUACAGACUGCGAUCAUCGAAUGUGGUAUUGGAGGCGAGUAUGACAGCACCAACAUCCUGCCUAAAGAGGCAAAGACGGCCACAGUUAUCACAAGGCUAGGCAUCGACCACGUCGGUAUGCUCGGCGACACCCUGGGUGAGAUCGCAUGGAAUAAAGCCGGGAUCAUGAGACCCGGCGUGCCUUGCUUCACCGUCCGGCAGCCCGAGGACGCAAUGAAAGUUCUGCAAGAACGAGCCGCAGAAACAGGCACAGAACUCACAGUCGUGAAGCGGAUACCCGAGUUCGACAACAACGAACUCAAACUAAGUCUCGAAGGUGACUUCCAAAAAGACAAUGCCAGCCUCGCCAUCGCAGCUCUCACCUCCCAUCUCAAAACCCUCGGCAUCGCCGCAAUACCAGAAACCACCACCCCCCCCGAGAUCCAAAGAGGCCUAUCCUCCAUCUCCUGGCCCGGCAGAUGCCAAGUCAUACACGAGAACAACAUCGACUGGCUCAUCGACGGCGCGCACACCGACGACAGCCUCGCCGAGGUUGCGCGCUGGUUCGCUGGGAAAUGGGACGCGGAGGCCCAUCAACCGGCUGUGCUGAUUUUUAACUCGCAGCUUCGGGAUGCGCCGAGGUUGGCGGGGAAGUUGAGGGAGAGUUUGGGGGAGGCUACGGGGGGGGGGAGGGAUGUCUUUUGUAAGGCUGGGUUUUCGACGAAUAUACCGUUUAAGAAGGAUGUGCCCAACCCGAGCAUAGAUACGCUGCAGAGGGAGACGGCGGAGGCGUGGGUGCGUGGGGGUGGGAGUGGUGUGCCUGCUGUUUAUGAUAGUAUUGAAGCUGCGAUAUCUGGAGCCAGGGAGGUUGCGAAGGCGCGGCACCCGGAGAAGGUGCAUGUACUUGUGACAGGAAGCUUGCAUCUAGUUGGCGGCUUCUUGAAGGCAAUGGGGGCCGAAUCAGAAUAGAUUAGCUGUUUGAAUAUAUUGGCGUCGACCGUCCCUUUAGCCUGCCCCCUAUUCUUUCAAUCUCCACCGAUUUCACACAUCCUAAAUCAG